AUGGGGCUCGAAGAGUUUGAGCACGAGCUUGCACAGAGCAAGUCACGGGACUCGAAAGAACACCGAAGUCACAGAUCUCGCGAUGAAGAUGGCGAGAGACGGCAUCAUCACAGACACCACCAUCGCUCCCACAGACACCGCGACGACGAGAAAGACGAGGAACGACGCCAUCGACAUAAGCGACACCGCGAUAGGGAUGACGACUCGGAGCGGAGGCACAGAAAGCGACAUCGCAGCGAUUCGCCCAAGUCAGAGAAGGAAGAGCCGGAGAAGGAAUUGAAGGUCUUCGACAGUGAUGAUGAGGACGACUGGGUAGAGAAGGAAGCUGCUGCUGCACCACCCGAAGAGAACAUACUGGAUCAGAGAGAUCAAGACCUCAAAGAGACGAAAGUUCAGAGAGACGCUUGGAUGCAAGAGCCUUCUGAACUGGAUAUCGACUACGUUCAGAGCAGAAAGCCCGAAGCACCAGCCAGUCAGUUCGUGGGCGCCAAGGACAAUAACGAGUUCAAGAUCCAUGAGAAUAACGUCAACCAGCAUCUUGCUGACCUACAGAAUGAUUUCGAUUCAGAUGGAGAAGACGAAGGAGGAGAAGCUGUCAAGGAUGGACCGGCUCAGCAUGAGGUCUCAUAUACGUUCGGCGAUAGUGGAAGCUCCUGGAGAAUGACCAAGCUCAAGGCUGUAUAUCGCCAAGCAGAGGAGUCGGGCAAAAGUGUGGAAGACGUGGCAAUUGAGAGGUACGGCGAUCUUCGUGACUUUGACGAGGCACGAGAAGAAGAGCGCGAGAUGGAUCGCAGGAAGAUGUAUGGCAAAGACUAUGUUGGCCUCGAGAAGCCAUCGGGUGAGCUUUUCCAGGAGCGAAAGAUGAAGGCUGGCAUUCGACGCGAGGCAGAGGAAAGCCAAGAGCAAGCCUUUGCGGCACCCACUCAACAAGGCGAAUCAAUGGCCGAGGUGGAACCUCCUGCAAAGACAGCACCCUUGGAUGCUACGGCUCUGAAUCGAUUGAAAGCACAGAUGAUGAAAGCAAAGCUACGAGGCGCAGCGAAUGCUGCCCAGCUGGAAGAAGAGUUCAAUGCUGCAGAAGCUGCAAGCCUUGCUAACCGGGCACAGUCGGACGUGGUAGUACUAAGCAAUAUGGAAAACCGCAUGCUCGCUGGCGACCGAUCCGGUGAAGUCACAGCUGUCUCUGGAAAGCGCGGCCGCGAACGAGGACUGGUAGUAGAGAACGAGGACAUGUCCAUCGAGGAUAUGGUGAAGCAAGAGAAGAGGACCCGAGGGGUCAACGGUGGCGAGGGCAAAGCCUUCGCAGAACGCAUCGCCAAAGACUCCAAAUUCAUUAACGACCUCGACUACAUGGACGACAACGCCAGCAAACUCUCCAAGAAAGUCAUCAAAUCCGAAACCAACCUCCGCAACACCGCCAUCGGCGACUUCCAAAAAAUGCAAAAGAUCCUCGAAAACUGCCCCCUCUGCUAUCACGAAGAGUCCAAUCAACCACCCGCCGCCCCCGUCAUCAGCCUCGCGACGCGAACGUACAUGACCCUCGCCACCGAACCGGAACUAUCGAAAUACAGCGCCGUCAUCGUCCCCCUCCAACACCGCCUCAACCUCCUCGAAUGCGACGACGACGAAUGGGAGGAGAUCCGCAACUUCAUGAAAUCCCUCACGCGCUUCUACCACGCCCAGGACAAGAGCGUCAUCUUCUACGAGAACGCGGCGUUCAUGGGCAGUCGCAAAGGCCACGCCGCGUUGAACGCCAUCCCGCUGCCUCAUCAUCUGGCCGAGAACGCGCCGGCGUAUUUCAAGGAGGCGAUCCUCGCGUCGGAUGAGCAGUGGAGUCAGCAUAAACCCAUCAUCGACACGCUCGCGUUGGUGCAGAAGCCGGGGUACGGGAAGGCGGCUUUCCGCAAGGCGAUGGUGAAGGAGAUGCCGUAUUUUCACGUCUUCUACACGCUGGAUGGCGGGAUGGGACAUGUGAUCGAGGACGAGCGGCGGUGGCCGAAAGGCGACUUGUUUGCGCGUGAGGUCAUUGGAGGGAUGCUGGAUAGGGGUCCGGAGACGAUCAAGAAACAGGGACGAUGGGAGAAGCACGACAGGAGGUUGGAGAGUUUCAGGAAGAAGUGGGACAAGUUUGACUGGACCAAGGUAUUGAUGGAUGCUCAGUGA